CAUCAGCCACGGGCCCCGGCCCGUCAGCUGUGACAACUUUAAGUUCCAACACAACUUUCAUUCGUUCGCCUGGCCGCGCGCAGUGCGGUCGUGUGUGUCGUCUUCCGAGCUUUCGCGCAAAAUUUACGGGCGUCGUGAACUUUGAUGUGCUUUUGGACUUUGUGUGGUACAUAAUGGAUUUGUCGUGCGGCGAGAACCUGCAGAACUCCGGGAACAGCGGCGGCAGCGGUCGGACGGUGGACAUGUGCGUGGCUGGCCCCGACCCCGCGCUGGACCGAGACCCUCGCCUGCUGCUCAACCUGCUGACCCUGGAGCGGGUCCACGCGCUCCACACCGACUACUUCCAGACCGUCCAGAUCGACAUCCAGCCGUUCAUGAGGAAAGUCGUCACGACGUGGAUGUUGGAGGUGUGCGAGGAACAGCAAUGUGAGGAGCAGGUGUUCCCGCUGGCCGUGAGCUACAUGGACAGGUUCCUGGCGCAGCGAGCCAUCUCCAGGCAGCAGCUGCAGCUGCUGGCGGUGACGUCACUGCUGCUCGCCUCCAAGUUCCGCCAGUGUCACCCGCUCUCCGUCGACCUGCUCUGCGCCUACACAGACAACUCCGUGUACCCUCAUGAAGUCAGGCAAUGGGAGGUGAUGCUGCUGCAGCGGAUGAACUGGCAGCUGUCGGUGGCGACGGCCUUCGACUUCGUGGAGCCGCUGCUGGCGCGAGUGCCGUGGGGCCGGACCAACCCCCUGGUGCGGACGCACGCGCUCACACUCACCUCCGUCUGCUAUACAGAAACGGAGUUCAUGCUGGUGCCGCCGUCGCUGAUCGCGGUGGCGUGCAUCACGGCCGCAGCACGCGGGCUGCGCGUGCGCAUGACGAUCAACGAUCUGUGCUUCCUGACGCGGACGCCGGCGCCCGCCGCCGAGCUCGUCGCCCGCCACGUGGAGCGGGUGCUGGCCCGCGAGACCCAGCCACAGGAGCACCGCACCAGGCACGUCCAGCCCACCAAGCAGACCACGCAGCAGACGCAGCUCCCGGACACCCCCACGGACGUCCAGGACGUCAGGUUCUAGAGCCCAGGGAGCUGGGUUCCCACGUGUUUGCCGAUUGUCGUGAAGCGCUCCCGAGCCCAUUGUUGUUAGCUUUUUUCGCCGCGCACCUGGUCGUACGACAGAAGAUGGGGUCUACGAAAAAUAUUUACAAGGAUCUGGAUACCCACGGUUCCUCCUCCAAAGGAUAUAUUGUACAUUGAUCUCAAAUUAUUUAUGUAGCAUUUAACGUUAGUGUAGACGUUUAUUUAUUAAAUCGUGUAUAGAUCGUUCGACGGCGCUCAGCUUCGCUAAUUUCCCCGAUCGUGAUCUCCGUUGAUUCCAAAAACGAUAUUCUAUAAGACUGUUCAUUAUGUAAGGUAUGUAGGAGUAGGACGCUGUACAUAAUACACCGAUUGGUUUUAUUGCUUUGUGACUGAGUAGGUGGUGCACAUCUUUAGUUUUAAAAGUUUGUUUCACCGGCUUGUGGUUGUCUUACUCGUAUUGUGUGUUAUUUAUGAAAUAAGAUCUCAUUUUAGAAAAUUCCGAAUGUAAUUUGUGUCCUGUACAGCUAUUGUAAGUUACAGUUAGUGCUAGAGUUAGGUUUCGAUGAAAAUGUUAAAAUAUGUAAUAUUUAUUUAGGUCGCUGUUAAGUUUAGUAAAUUCUAGUCACAUGUUUACACAUUCCUGUUUCGACCAAACUUUAUCUUUAACAUCCUUCUUAAUAAUAAAAAGAUCCACACCG